AGGGAGAAGGGGCAUAAGGCUCUGCGUGGGUCCUGGAGGCGUUACUGUGUCGGUGUGUGGACCUCGUCUUCUCUCGCGCGCAGAGGACUCCGUGGUUUCGUCGCCCCUCUCAAUUCCUUUACGUUGUUGGUUGGGAGCGUCAUCUUGGAGAAGGGGCGCCCGCACAUCUUGGCGGAAAAGGUUAAAGGUUAGAUUGUAAGAAAAGGAAAUAGAAGCCAUGUUUCGAAGACCUGUAGUGCAGGUCCUUCAUCAGUUUGUAAGACAUGAGUCUGAAAUAGCUGGCAGUGUGGUUCUCGAAAGAUCUCUGAAUCGUGUGCAGUUACUUGGUCGAGUAGGUCAGGACCCUGUCCUGAGACAGAUAGAAGGAAAAAACCCAGUCACAAUAUUUUCUCUAGCAACAAAUGAGAUGUGGCGAUCAGGGGAAAACGAAACAUACCAAAUGGGUGAUGUCAGUCAAAAGACAACGUGGCACAGAAUUUCAGUAUUCCGACCAGGCCUGAGAGAUGUGGCAUUUCAGUAUGUGAAAAAGGGGUCUCGAAUUUAUGUGGAAGGGAAAGUAGACUAUGGUGAAUAUAUGGAUAAAAAUAACGUGAGACGACAAGCAACAACAAUUAUAGCUGGUAAGGCUCUUGUGAUAAUAGCUAUUCUGUUUUUUUUUCUUCUCCUUUCCUUUUUUGAAAGCUUGGCUAUGUUGUAA